AGGACUGGGCCCAAGCCUCCCUUCAUCUCCCUCCUUUUCUACGUGGCCACCGAUGGGCAGGGAGUGCUGCAGCCUCUAAUAGAAGAGAAGACUCGGCUGGCAUCGCUAAGAGGACAGACGGAGGAACUGGGGAACUUUACCAUCACCUUCCAGCAGCCCACCACUGAGGCCGGCCUGCCCCUUUAUGCCAGAUAUAAUUACCUGCAGACAAAGGCAGAAGGAUUGCAUCGCCUGACCGAUGUGGUGAAAUUGAGCCUGACUCCGCGGUUUUCCUACGCUCCGCCAGGGCUUCCCAAGCGCCACUACUUUGGCGUGGAUGCGUACCACAGCCCUGCAGGGGACAGAGAGCUACGCAGCCAGCUCCUGGUUCACCAGGUGACGGUGCCUGUGCCCUGCCGCGUGGAAGUGGCUUUUGAGUCUGGCAGCGUGGCCAACCGCCCAGAGAGGCUCCUGGCGGAGACACUGACGCAAGAGCUGGACACACAUGCGGCCGCCUUUGAGCGGCGCUUUGAGCAGACCUUUGGGCUUGCCGGCAAGGGUUUCUCGCAGCAGCAGCAGCACUUUGCCCGGGCCCUUCUCAGCAAUAUGCUGGGCGGGAUGGGCUACUUCUACGGGCACUCACUGGUGCAGUCCCCACACACAGAGGCCCCCCAACCUUACCCGGCGGGGCCUCUCUUCACAGCAGUGCCCUCCCGCUCCUUCUUUCCCCGUGGCUUCCUGUGGGAUGAAGGUUUCCACCAGCUCCUGCUGGCCCGCUGGGACCCAGCCCUCAGCCAGGAGGUGCUGGCUCACUGGUUUGAUCUCAUGAACGCUGAGGGGUGGAUACCACGCGAGCAGAUCCUGGGUGAUGAAGCCCUGGCGAAGGUGCCCCCGGAGUUUGUGGUGCAGCACAGCCAGGCGGGCAACCCUCCCACGUUUUUCUUGGCACUGCAGCAGCUGCUCAGGCAGGGGGCGGUGCAACAGGACUACCUUCAGCGCCUCUAUCCUCGUCUGCAGAGCUGGUACAGCUGGUACAAUCACACGCAAGCAGGACCCUUGCCCUAUACCUUCCGCUGGCGUGGCCGGGACCAGGACACUCAGCUUUUCCUUAACCCCAAAACCUUGACCUCUGGGCUGGAUGAUUAUCCCAGGGCCACCCACCCCUCUCUGGAUGAACGCCACCUAGAUUUGCGCUGUUGGAUGGGCAUAGCAUCAGCUGUCAUGGCCGAGGUGGCUACGCGAGUGGGAGAGCCGGCAAGUGACUAUGCACAUAUGGCUGCGAGGCUAGCGGACAAUGAGCUGCUUGAUCAGCACCACUGGGCAGAGAUGCUGGGCACUUUUGCUGACUAUGGCAACCAUACCCAGGCUGUGGCCCUGGAGCGUGAGCACCUUCGACCCCCUCCUGCUGGCCAGCCCUCACCCAUCCCAAGGCUGGUGCGAGUGGUCCGCAAGCAGCCCAGGUUGCAGUUUGUGGGAGGGGCCCUUGGUUAUGUGAGCCUUUUCCCCCUGCUGUUGCAGCUCCUGCGCCCCGAUUCCCAGCAUCUGGGCAGCCUCCUGGCCGACAUGAAGAACGAGCAGAAGCUGUGGACGCCUUUUGGCUUGCGUUCACUGUCACGCAGUAGCCCCUUCUACCUCAAGCGCAACACAGAGCAUGACCCCCCUUACUGGAGGGGAGCCAUUUGGAUCAACAUCAACUACCUCGCGGUGAAGGCCUUGAAUCACUAUAGCCAGUUAGAGGGGCCCCACCAGAAGGAGGCUGCCAGACUGUACCACGAGCUGCGUGCCAAUGUCAUUGGCAACGUCCUCCAGCAGUACCUGGACUCUGGCUAUGUUUGGGAGCAGUAUAAUGACAGCACAGGCCGGGGGCAGGGGUGUUACCCCUUCACGGGCUGGUCAGCCCUCGUUGUGCUCAUGAUGGCAGAAGAAUACUGAUAAGCAGGCUGGUGGCACCCUGCCUGGGACAGCAGUUCUGUUCUCCCUGGGAGGCCCAGCUGGAGUGGCAGAUGCAGGACUCUGGCGAAGUGACGAGGCACUGGCC